UUGUUGCAACUUUAAAUAAAUUUCCGCGCAAGACAAAAUAAUAAAAGGGUUAUUAUAUUGAAAUGGUUGACAAUAAUGACAAUGACUUGGAAGAUACCUGUGAGAGUUUAUGGAAUAUAGAGCUGGUAGUUCUUCAACUAAUAGGACUUAAGUCAUUGCGCAGUGCUUUUAGCAAUCGCGAGUACCGAAGCUUGUCCCUUAGAGAGAGUAUCGUCAGAGGUUAUGGCGUUUGCAUUUUUGCGUUGUACGUAUUUUCAAGCGUUUGGACAAUGCACUUGGUCGAUUUUAGUGACAUUAGUUUUGCCGCUGAGGUUAUGACUGUUAUUUUAUCCGCUACAAUGAUUAUGAUAAAGGGAGUCCAAUUGUCAUUUCACCGACGUCAGUUGUUUGAUUUGUUUCGUGAUUUUCAUAUACUGUGGAAGUAUGCUAAGACACGGAAGCAUCUGAGGGCUCAAAUAGACCAGUUGAUAAGAAGUUCCAAGCCUGCGAGGUAUUGUUAUAUGGCAGCUACCAUUUCAGUGGGACUGAGCUACGGAUUGCGGCCAUAUUAUUUGUUAAUCCGAUAUUUGGUACAUAGAAGUAAUAAUACUCUGGAUUACUCAGUGACGGUUUAUCCCUUGUUGUACCCAUUUCCCUACGACACAUCGAUGACUUACAAUUUUUGCCUAAUUUACGAGCAAUGCGUUAAUUAUUACGCUGUUUUGUACUGGAUAUCAUCCGAUACUAUUUUUAUUCAACUUACUACUCACAUUUGCAUUAAUUUAUUGGUACUAGCUGAUGAUUUUAAACUAGAAUCUUACGACGAAAAAAAUAUAAAAAAGCCUAUUGAUACUGACCAAGUAAUUAAUUUAAUUAAACGACACCGUCAUAUUUUAGGGUUGUGUCAAAAAGUAGAGACUCUUUUUAAUCCAAUUAUUUUUUUUACGGUUUUGUUUAACGGGAUAGAUCUCUGCUGCUGUAUAUUCACGCUAGAUAAAGAAGCUUCAGAAGGACACUGGCCAAAAUUUGCUCGGAGUAUUGCUCAUGCAAUGACACUGUUGAUACAAAUAAUAAUUUAUUGCAAUUUCGCUCAUCGUGCUACCGUGCUAACAGAAAGUAUUUCAACUUCGAUUUAUAAUUCUUCAUGGUUGAAGUACGAUAAAAAAGUACAAAAAUUAUUAAUGAUAACAAUAAUGCGAGCAAAUAAAGAGUACAAAUUUAUGGCUUACGGCCUUUUAAUUCUAGAUCGUGAACAAAUGACAAGAAUUUUUAAAACAACUGGAAGUUACAUCGCUCUUCUAAGAAGUUUUUCUUAGUAAUAAUUAGUUAAUUAAUCACACAAAUAAAUUUUUAUUGUCAGUUAAGUAUAAACUGUA